CCGUGCGCGUGGUUGUGUUGCAGGAAGUUCACCAUCAUGGCUGUUCAGUGCUGGUCAGAUCUGCUGAAGGGUGCUAAGAAAACAGCGUUGAUCUCAGAUGGAAAAAGGAAAGUGCACUACUUGUUCACAGAUGGUACGGAAAUGGCUGAAGAAUAUGACACGAAGACAGACGUACUUAUCUCACGUAGAUUGCGCUCUAAGACUACACUUGGAGGACAAGGAGCAUGGCAGGUGGAAGUCGGUGAAACAGGCCUGAACCUCAACGAGAUGGGAGACAUAAAAGAGAACAACUCCAACCCAGUGUUUAUGCGCAAGGACACCAAGACCAGUUUCCAGUGGAGGGUCCGUAAUAUCCCGUACCCCAUAGACACCUAUAAAAUCACAGUGGAACCUCAGGAACGCUGCUGUAUCAUUCGGACCACUAACAAAAAGUACUACAAAAAAUUCAAUAUUCCAGAUCUUGACCGUUGGCAGCUCCCUCUAGAGAGCUCCGCCCUGAGCUUUAGCCAUGGCAACAACACUUUAAUCAUCAGCUAUAAGAAGCCCAAAGAGAUUCUAGGCCUGGAACAGGAGCUGCUGAAGGAACUGAAGAAACUGAAGGUUACAAAUGAAGGAGAUGUGGACUGUAAAACCCAGUGAACUGGUGUGGACUCUUUGCAGAGUCACGUGCAUCUAAAGUUUUUUUUUUUUUUCUUUUUUUUUUUUUUUUUGACUGAUUUGUUCAUUUUGUUGUUCUUUACAAGCUACAUUCCGCUAC